AUGCUGCCUCCUAGUCGAGGCGAUCCAGAAGCACCAGCUACAAUUUUGCAAGAUGCACAAGAUGAUUUUGCACAAAUUGCAAAAGAAAUGUCAAAUCAUCCCGAUGAUAUUGAAGAUAAUGAUAUUCCUUACAUUUAUGAACAAGCUGCAGAAAUAGUAAAUACAAUAAUUGUAUCAGUAUCUGGUGUUAAUUCAUCUACAGAUAAUAUGCAGGUUGUUGCAGAACUUGAUUCCCAAUAUUUAAAUAUUGAAAAGCAAUUUCUAAAGAGAAUGGAAAAUUUAAUGAACAAACUAGCAUCAAAAGUCGAAGAUAUACAAAGUGAGCUUGAGUCUCGCAAUAUGGACUAUAAUUCCGAGAUGGAAAAGCUUCCAGCCAUAUUUCAGAAGACAAAAGAAGUAUUGGCUGAACGCUAUCAACGACAAAUAGAGGAAGCACAGAAAGAAUUUGAUGAAAAACUCAAAACUCAUCAAGAAAGACAAGCAAUCAUUGAAAAAGAUUACGAGUUAGAUCUUCAAAGGCAAGUUGAUGAACAAGAGCAACAAUGGAGAAUGAAGAUCAAAGCUCUUGAACAAGAUUUCGAAAAUCUAGAAAAAGAUUUAAAAAUGAAAAUCAACAAAAAACAACAGUUCACACAACUCAAAAACGUGGAACUUACACAAAAAGCAAACGAGUACAGAGUAAAAGAGCGUGAUUUCAAAGAAGAACUUGAGGAUGAAAAAAAAUUAAAAUUACAAGAACUCGAAAACCUCAAAACUGAACUACAGACAGCAAUAGAACUUACCGAAUUCGAAAGCAACCGCCUGAAAGAAAUACAAAAAGAACAACAUGAGAAAUUAAAGAGAAAAGAAGAUGAAAUUCUCAAAAAAUACUCAAAACUCUACAACGACCAAGUUUUUGUCCUAGAUGAAGAAACAAGGAAAUGUAUUAAGAUACAACAAGACAUAGAUAAUAUUCAGCUUGAACACGAUUACGCUGUCAAAGAAUCAAAGAAAUCAAAAGAACAAAAAAUCCGUGAUGCUCAAAUCGAAACAAAUCGUCAAAUUAUCAACGCUGUUGCAGAUAUUACAGCUGAAUAUCAACCGAAAGUCUUAAGUCUUACACAAGAAAUACAAACUCUUGAACACCAGAGAAGUAUAUCAUUAGAAGAACUUCGAAAAGCAUCAUUAGUAACAACAGAAGAAGGGGAAUUAAAAAUAAUUGAGUUAAAUCAGUUCCAUCAGAACAAAAGAGCGAAACUUCAAUCAGUUCUAAGAAAAGAAAAAGAUGAAUUACAGAUGCUUUUAGAUAAAAGAGGAAAAUCUGUUGAUGAACUAAAAGAAGAAUUCAAUAGAAAAAUAUCUGAUAUGCAAGAAGAGCUGAAAAAUGGAGAAAAGAAACACUCCGAGAAAAUAAGAAAGAUUGUUGAUAUGUAUACAUAUGAAAGACAGCAAAUUGCAAAUAUGAAAAACAAAUCAAUGGAUGAAUUAAAUAGAAAACUUGAAGCAGAAAAAGUUAGAAUGAAAGAAGAACAUGAUCAAAGGAUGACAACAAUUACUUAUAAAAUGGAUAUGCAGCAGAAAAUGGAAACAGAAAGAAGUUAUGCUCUUGGUGUCGCUGAAGCAAAUGAACAAUGUCAGAAGGAAUUACAAGAUAUAAAAGAAAAGAUAAAAGUUUAUCAAAAUAGUAUUUUACAAAUAGAAAAUGAUCUUGAAAAAUUGCAUAAGAAACAUCAAGAAGAAUAUAAAAUAUUUGCUGAUGAGAAGAACCAAAUGUUCGAUGAACAUAAGGCUACAAUAGAAAGUGAUAAUAAGUUGGAAAUUGAUGAAAUCGUGAAAUCUCGCGAAAUCUUGAAAGAAAAAAUAGAAAGUUUGAACCAAAAAAUACAAGCUAUGACACAAGAAACAAAAGAACUUGAAAAGCAUAAGAUCAUUAAGCCUGAAGAUUUGGCAUUACAAGGAGAUCCGGUUUUUGCUGAACAAAUUUUGGAACAACAAAAUUUGAUAAAGAAAAAUAAAAAGAAGAUCAAAGAUAUUGAGAAAGAAAUGACUCAAAUGAAUGUUCGAUAUGAGACAGCCAAAUCAAUAACUGAUGACCUCCAAAACGAGCUCAAUAAUUUUAACAAACAAUUCGAAAGAACAAUCGAAGAAAAAGUUAUUGAAAGAAAAAUUGUUUUAGAAAAAGAAUUGAAUGAAAAGAAAAACAGUGUCAACAAAUUCUCUGACUCCUGUGAGCAGGAAAGAAGAGACUUGGAGAAGAAACUGCAGAUAAUUAUUGAUAAACAUAAAAACGCACAAGAGCGCCUCAAAAAUGCUGAAGAAUAUAGUAAAUUGAAUACUGAUGAAAAACUCAAAGAAGCAAUUAAAAUUCCAUUGAAAAAGUUUGAUGAAGAUGAUGCAGAAAUGGAGAGAAAACACGAAGAAGAUAUGAAUGAAAUGAGAAGGAGAUUAGAGGAACUCAAGAUUGAAAGACAAAAGAACUUGGAAAUUUAUAAUAAAGAGUAUCAAGAUGACUUAGCAAAAGGUGAACAAGAAUUCAAACAAGAAAUGUCAAGACUUGAUGGUGAAAAAGAAGACUGUUUAAGGCAAAUAUCAAGUUUAUACACAAAACUCAAUGAGGAAAAGGCCAAGGAAUGUCCCGGAUGCAAGAGUAAAGAGGAAGAACUCUCAAGAAUCAAAGCAAAAAGAGAAGAAUUGUUAAUUAGUUUGGAUGAAUUAAUUAAGAACUCUCAAACAUCCCAACAAAAGUUUUCAAACAUAUUUAACGAAAACAUUCCAACAAAACUCAAGAAACAAAAAAGCUCAAGUUCUUUGGCAAACACUGCUCAAGUCAAUAAAAAAUCAGUAUCAGUUCUUGGUACUAAGCAAAGUUCUGGAGCAAAGACAAUUGCUCGACCCAAAUCAGCAAGGAAAACAACUGUAGUUCCAUCAACACCACGUUAA